AUGGUGUCGAAAAACAUAUGGAUUCUACCAGAUGAAGUCGUUGGACGAAUCUUGAAUUACGUUGCCUUAAAGCUUGCCUCACCACUCCUAUACCGCACAAUAAGUUUGGAACUCGAAGGUGCAGAAGUUGCACCAGACGAAGAUGGUGAUUUCGUCUACAAUAGCAAAUAUCAGGAUGUAGAGUUACGAACCGUUGAAGCGGUUUUGGAGACUUCUGCGCGAACAUUGGCGAAUACGAGGGUCCUGGAUGUUUAUAGUCCGCGGUUUUUGCCACAUGGACAUAUGACGUUGGGACUUACGGAUGCUAGGAUCAGGAGAGAUAACUUCAUGAUUAGGAGUGUGGUGAGGAGGCUGGGAGAGGUUGAUUGUUUGAGGAUUAUCAAAAUCCCUUCCCAUAUCCAACUUUCGUUGAGAUCUUUGGACUUCAUUCUGCGCUCGCUUCCAAGUUUGCGAUUGCUAAAGGCCGGAAAUAUUUCAGUGGCGGAUCCUACCGAUCCUGAAGCGAGCGUGGCACAUGCAAAGCCGGAAUAUGGUAAACCGGUGAACCUCAAUUGGCUCGAGCUUGCGAAGUUUGAUACACAAGCUAUUCCGGUGAUCCUACAAACCCUUAGACGUAUGGGCCAGUCCCUUCGAGGGCUCAACAUCCAGCCUGUAUCAGGCCGAGACGGCCAUGACUGGAAAACCGAAAAUGAAGAUGGUCUCCAAAAGUUCAUCACUCAAAAUAGAGAAUUUGAUUUCAAAAAGGGGCCCGAUACAAUAGUCCAAGAAAUGAGAGAAGAAAAUCGGAAGAUCAGCCUUCCCGCUUUGGAAGAGUUAUGGAUAGCGGCGAUGGAUGAUUAUCAAGACAUGACAGAUAUCAUCGGCCACCUGAUCAUCGACUGCAAAAAACUCACCCAUGUCAGACUCGAAUUUUGUUUUUCGCCAGAGAACGUACUUCGCGGGCUUGCAGAGCUGAAUGCUCCUAGACUCCAUUGUCUCCGGAUGUUGAAAUGUUCUUGGGAUAAUGAUCUACAACCAACGCCCCUAGACGAAGUAUUACCGAAGUUGGCGCCGUUAAAAACGCUAGUUUUGUCAAAUCUAAAUAAUUGGGAUAUGAGAACUGUGUUUUCACACCGAUUAUCGUUGAAACAACUUUGGUUGCAGUGCCAUGCGUCUGAGCAAAAGUGUCAAUCGCAUUUCAGCUGCCAUAUGACGGCUGAUCUUUUCAGCGAAGGGCCCAAAUAUCAGUUUACUUCUCAAAAUUGGCCUUGUUUGGAGGAGUUGGCAGUUCAAUACGUGGCCUGGGAGAAGAUCCCAAUGAUGCACACCCUCAAAGCUCUCCGCCUCCUCUCGGACCUCAACUUCAAAUCCGACUGCGAAACCAUCGAAUCCUACACUCUCAAGAUGCGCGCUUAUGUCUCUCAACUUUGGGAAACCAGUCUUCUCCAACAUAACACGAUACCUGCACUGGAACUCAUGAUCGGAACCUUUGACGGAACAGAAGUCUACUUUAUUAUCACGUCCCAAGAUUCCAAACCUUUAAUAACGGUGUAUCCUGAAAAGGAAUUUUUGAAGGUCUUUGGAGUGAAACCCAUGCCGUUUCUGCUAGACAACUGUGAGGACGGGGAAACAGGAAGGGUUUUCGAUAAUAGAUAUUGGCAUGAAUAUAUUAGGUCUUCUUCCAGGCAGAAUAUUAAUGAGACGUUUAUGGAGGAUAGUGCCAGUCAUAAGUGGGAUUUGUUUUAG